AUGUUGUCCCACUCCGGCCCUGCCUGUGCUUCUGUGCUUCACCUGUGCUUCGCCUGUGCUUCACCUGUGCUUCUCCUGUGCUUCACCUGUGCUUCUCCUGUGCUUCUCCUGUGCUUCACCUGUGCUUCACCUGUGCUUCUCCUGUGCUUCACCUGUGCUUCUCCUGUGCUUCUCCUGUGCUUCACAUGUGCUUCUCCUGUGCUUCACCUGUGCUUCUCCUGUGCUUCACCUGUGCUUCUCCUGUGCUUCUCCUGUGCUUCACAUGUGCUUCACCUGUGCUUCUCCUGUGCUUCACAUGUGCUUCUCCUGUGCUUCACCUGUGCUUCGCCUGUGCUUCACCUGUGCUUCACCUGUGCUUCGCCUGUGCUUCACCUGUGCUUCACCUGUGCUUCUCCUGUGCUUCACCUGUGCUUCUCCUGUGCUUCUCCUGUGCUUCACCUGUGCUUCUCCUGUGCUUCUCCUGUGCUUCACAUGUGCUUCUCCUGUGCUUCACCUGUGCUUCACCUGUGCUUCUCCUGUGCUUCUCCUGUGCUUCACCUGUGCUUCACCUGUGCUUCUCCUGUGCUUCUCCUGUGCUUCACAUGUGCUUCUCCUGUGCUUCACCUGUGCUUCUCCUGUGCUUCACCUGUGCUUCUCCUGUGCUUCUCCUGUGCUUCUCCUGUGCUUCACAUGUGCUUCUCCUGUGCUUCACCUGUGCUUCACCUGUGCUUCUCCUGUGCUUCACAUGUGCUUCUCCUGUGCUUCACCUGUGCUUCGCCUGUGCUUCACCUGUGCUUCACCUGUGCUUCUCCUGUGCUUCACCUGUGCUUCUCCUGUGCUUCUCCUGUGCUUCACCUGUGCUUCUGUGCUUCACCUGUGCUUCUCCUGUGCUUCACCUGUGCUUCACCUGUGCUUCUCCUGUGCUUCACCUGUGCUUCUCCUGUGCUUCUGUGCUUCACAUGUGCUUCACCUGUGCUUCUCCUGUGCUUCUCCUGUGCUUCACCUGUGCUUCUCCUGUGCUUCACAUGUGCUUCUCCUGUGCUUCACCUGUGCUUCGCCUGUGCUUCGCCUGUGCUUCUCCUGUGCUUCACCUGUGCUUCUCCUGUGCUUCACCUGUGCUUCUCCUGUGCUUCUCCUGUGCUUCACCUGUGCUUCACCUGUGCUUCACCUGUGCUUCUCCUGUGCUUCACCUGUGCUUCACCUGUGCUUCUCCUGUGCUUCACCUGUGCUUCUCCUGUGCUUCUCCUGUGCUUCACCUGUGCUUCUCCUGUGCUUCACCUGUGCUUCUGUGCUUCACCUGUGCUUCUCCUGUGCUUCUGUGCUUCACCUGUGCUUCUGUGCUUCACCUGUGCUUCACCUGUGCUUCUCCUGUGCUUCACAUGUGCUUCUCCUGUGCUUCACCUGUGCUUCUCCUGUGCUUCACCUGUGCUUCUCCUGUGCUUCUCCUGUGCUUCACAUGUGCUUCACCUGUGCUUCUCCUGUGCUUCACAUGUGCUUCUCCUGUGCUUCACCUGUGCUUCGCCUGUGCUUCACCUGUGCUUCACCUGUGCUUCGCCUGUGCUUCACCUGUGCUUCACCUGUGUGCUUCUCCUGUGCUUCACCUGUGCUUCUCCUGUGCUUCACCUGUGCUUCCUGUGCUUCUCCUGUGCUUCUCCUGUGCUUCUCCUGUGCUUCACUGUGCUUCUCCUGUGCUUCACCUGUGCUUCUCCUGUGCUUCUGUGCUUCUCCUGUGCUUCUCCUGUGCUUCUCCUGUGCUUCACCUGUGCUUCACCUGUGCUUCCUGUGCUUCUCCUGUGCUUCACUGUGCUUCUCCUGUGCUUCACCUGUGCUUCUCCUGUGCUUCACCUGUGCUUCUCCUGUGCUUCUCCUGUGCUUCUCCUGUGCUUCACAUGUGCUUCUCCUGUGCUUCACCUGUGCUUCACCUGUGCUUCUCCUGUGCUUCACAUGUGCUUCUCCUGUGCUUCACCUGUGCUUCGCCUGUGCUUCACCUGUGCUUCACCUGUGCUUCUCCUGUGCUUCACCUGUGCUUCUCCUGUGCUUCUCCUGUGCUUCACCUGUGCUUCUGUGCUUCACCUGUGCUUCUCCUGUGCUUCACCUGUGCUUCACCUGUGCUUCUCCUGUGCUUCACCUGUGCUUCUCCUGUGCUUCUGUGCUUCACAUGUGCUUCACCUGUGCUUCUCCUGUGCUUCUCCUGUGCUUCACCUGUGCUUCUCCUGUGCUUCACAUGUGCUUCUCCUGUGCUUCACCUGUGCUUCGCCUGUGCUUCGCCUGUGCUUCUCCUGUGCUUCACCUGUGCUUCUCCUGUGCUUCACCUGUGCUUCUCCUGUGCUUCUCCUGUGCUUCACCUGUGCUUCACCUGUGCUUCACCUGUGCUUCUCCUGUGCUUCACCUGUGCUUCACCUGUGCUUCUCCUGUGCUUCACCUGUGCUUCUCCUGUGCUUCUCCUGUGCUUCACCUGUGCUUCUCCUGUGCUUCACCUGUGCUUCUGUGCUUCACCUGUGCUUCUCCUGUGCUUCUGUGCUUCACCUGUGCUUCACCUGUGCUUCUCCUGUGCUUCACAUGUGCUUCUCCUGUGCUUCACCUGUGCUUCUCCUGUGCUUCUCCUGUGCUUCACAUGUGCUUCUCCUGUGCUUCACCUGUGCUUCGCCUGUGCUUCUCCUGUGCUUCACCUGUGCUUCUCCUGUGCUUCACCUGUGCUUCUCCUGUGCUUCUCCUGUGCUUCACCUGUGCUUCUCCUGUGCUUCACCUGUGCUUCUGUGCUUCACCUGUGCUUCUCCUGUGCUUCUGUGCUUCACCUGUGCUUCUGUGCUUCACCUGUGCUUCUCCUGUGCUUCUCCUGUGCUUCUCCUGUGCUUCACCUGUGCUUCUCCUGUGCUUCUGUGCUUCUCCUGUGCUUCACCUGUGCUUCUCCUGUGCUUCUCCUGUGCUUCACCUGUGCUUCUCCUGUGCUUCUGUGCUUCACCUGUGCUUCACCUCACCCUUCACUCUGCCUCUACACAUCAAGAUCGGUCUAUUCACAUCUUCUCUGCCAAAUAA